AUGGGCUCUACAUCGGCUGACAAGGAGGAGCUGACGGUGCUCGUGACCGGGUUCGGGCCCUUUAAAGAGCAGCACCCAGUAAACCCAUCGUGGGAAAUCGCAUCGAGGCUGCCCGACUACCUACCGCCCAUCCGCGCCAAGACCGCCCACCCGUCGUCGUCCUCGGCCGCCCCGCUGCCGCCGGUGCGCAUCCUCGUCCACCCGGAGGCCAUCCGGGUCAACUACCAGACCGUCAGGGGCCUCGUGCCCCGGCUGUGGGACCUCGGCGGCGACAAGCGCCGGAUAGACGUGGCGAUCCACAUCGGCAUGGCCGGUCCCGCCAUGGCCUACUCCGUCGAGCGGCGCGGUCACCGGGACGGCUAUGCGCUCAAGGACGUCGACGGCGAGCUGCUCAAGGACCAGGACAGGCGGUUGAGGGAGGGGGAGGACUGGGUGUGGCACGGCAUGCCAAAGGAGAUGGAGACGGAUUUCGAUCUCGACGACGUGCUGGGGAGGUGGAAGAAGCACAGCCCGGACGGCCUCGAUCUCAGGAUUUCCGAGGACGCCGGCCGGUACUUGUGUGACUUCAUCUACUUCUCAAGCCUUGCGCAUCUUACGAAGGCCCAGGAGACCAAACGGGUCGUUUUCCUUCAUGUGCCAUCAAAUAGUUCGGAGAAAGCUAUCGCGACGGGGCGAGAACUCGCCUUGCAGUUGAUACGCUCGAUUGUGGAGAGUGAAAUUGCCAGGCGAAAGCUAUAA